AUGCCUCUCGUCUCCAAACACCCCUUGGCUCCCAUCCCGGAGUUGUAUCCGAGUGCGGAAGAUGCAUGGUCGUCCAAGCCCUCGGUCACAAGGAACCCGAGUUCGCUUGUGGCUUUUGAUACCGCCGUCCAGGAGACCACCAGUUCCCAGGGUGCCCAGGCCUCGGGAUUCCGGCGCAGUUCUCGGGAAACUCGCUCAGAAGUCGGUUUGGGGACCCAGCCGCAGAUCCACUUCCUGCAGCCGAGGGCCGCGCAGACCCCGGUGCUGUUCAGCUUAAUGAAUUCCAGUGAAGCAAUGACAAUGAAAUUUUUACCCAAGAGCCGCUUAUCUCAGGUGAUUCUUCGUGACAACCUCAGAGCACAACGAGUCUUUGAGAUGGAGACAAGAGCUUUAGACAAGACCAAGAAAAAGAUGAGCCGCUUCUAUGACCACUUGAAAAAAAAAUUCAUGACUGACCAGAUCAGAAAGCUGGAGCGCUGGAGACGCGAGUCCAUGAAACUCCAGCAGUACCUGGAUAGCAUCCGACCCGUCAAGGUCCAGUUCAAACUUGAGCCUAACAAGAGACAUUAA